UUCUUUUCUUUCUUUUCUAUUCUUUUUUUUUUAUGAUUAUGAAAUGAAAUGACGAUCUUGUAAUUUCUAUCUAGAUGCAUCUGCCCGGGGAAGCUGGGAAUGUAGAUCGAGUAUUACCUUCUUUACACAGCUUGUGAAUCGAGAUACCAAAGAUAUUAACAUCAUUCUGCACGACUUACGCAGCUCAACCCACCGUUCUUUCCCCGCUUAUGCCGACCUUGCUGGACGUCCUCUAUCCCUGGCCAGUGGUCUCCACGCUCGCGCUGAAUCUCGGCGUGGGCGACUUGCUCCAGCUUUCUCGUGUGAACAGCGCUUACCGGGCCGUACUACACGGCUUUCCGCGUCCUGAGAGACAUGAUAGUAAUAGACAUGAUAGUGCGAGUGUUCGGGUUCGCCCGGAUAUAUUCGUUGGUCACCACCAGAGCUCCUACUGGAAGAACCUAAAAUCAACCGCGCAGAUGUCCUGCGCCGAGCCGCAUCAUCGCCGAGGCUAUCGUGCGGAGCUGUGCCGGUACUGUUCGUUUCCGAUAUGCGACGCCUGCGUAGUCCGGGAAUCAUUCGACCAGGUCACAAGCGCCUGGCGCACGAGAACGCGCCAUCUAUGCGUCUCAUGCUGGGCUGACGGCACGCCCCAUCAAAACCGCACCUAUAGUGGCCCGCCAGCAGAGACGACACCAUACACCUUUGCGCCUGGCGAGGGCGAUUUCUGCCAAUGUACGGCUGCCGACGGAUGGAUCUGUGCGGAGUGUCGCAGGAAGCAGUGCACGGAUGUCGGCGAGCAGCGAGAGCGAUGUUUUGCAGAGGGCUGCCAAAACAAAGCUGGAAUUGAGAAGGAGAGGAGAAGUGUUUGUUUGUGGUGUGAUUUGCCGUGUAUCAAUCGCGCACCGCUGAAUAUAGCGGCUGCUACACUGUCGACGCGCAUGGAGUUGGUGGGUGAUAUGGCGAGGAGCAGCAGUAUGUAAGAAUUCUACGUAUACAUUAUAGAUAUGUAGAGUCGGUAUCCGGGUUACAUGUGUAUUAUUUAAUAGAGAACAAUGGCCUGGGAUGACACCUUUACUUAAGAUGGAAAGAGGAUGCAUAUGGCAUCUUUGUCUGAAAAUACACUCGAUGCAAGCAGCCAAC